AUGCCGGGUGUAUGCGCAGCGACGGGCACCACGCUGAUGCGCAGUCCGAUGGAACACGCAGCGUGCCAGGGACCGAGCCGCAUGUCAUAUUCUGACUACGGUGCAUCUGACUACAAUGGUUCCGAACCCAGGCCGGACAAGGCCUUGGUCGUCAAAUGCUCAUAUGAUGAGGCGGAACGCAAGAUCUCCUUCAAGUCGACUCGGACAUGCUCGUAUGAACUUCUCAGACGACGGGUAGAAGAGUCUUUCUCCCUCUCUGGAACGGCCUUUGCUAUCACAUAUACAGACGACGAUGGGGAGGUCACCGACAUCACGACCGAUUCAGACCUUACGGAAGCGAUCCGCUAUGUCUACUCUGUACAUGACGAUCCCCCGAUUUCCUCCUCCUCCUCGAUUCUUUCAGGUCGCAGCCUAUUGAAAGGCAAAAUCACACUGCGUGUUCGAAUUAGUGUGGAAUACGACGGGCCAAGCCUCUCUGAUACGUCCUCUCUAGUGAGCUUGGAUGAAUAUCAGAAUCGGAAUGGAAGCGACGUUGCGCUAUCAUUAGGCGCCCCAUCCAUCGCCGAAGUCGAGGACGAUUCCAUCACGGUCAGUUCCAAGGACAUGGGUUCAAAAUAUGAUCUCUAUCGUGCGCGCGGACCCAAGACGAUCGUUUCUGCUCCCAGUAGAGAGCCUCUUCUGCGACGGUCUCCGGAACCUUCAAUCCUAGAGAGUCCUUGGGAAGUAGAAAUGUCUACUGUUCCCCCAUCGGUUUCGGACGUGCUGAAAUCCACACCAUCGUCUGCCCAAGAAUCUUCGUUGUCCGGGAUCAAUCCAUUUUCAGAUGAUCAAUCAUUGGGUCCCUCCUCUGUGUUCGACCGUCUCCGAUUGGAGGAAGAUUCUAGCUCCAGCUUCGGCACAUCCACUCUCCAUUCUGAACGAGGGGCUGCAUGGCUCCGUGAUCAGAACGCUCGUACCAUGAAAUCCAUGCUUGGAGAUCCUUCCCCCAAAUCGGAGAAAGCAUACGCCCCGUCGACCAGUUCUCCAGUUGAGACUGAGUCGGACUUGAGCGGAGAGCUGGCGUUACAGCAGGAUUCCAGUGGGAAAUUCUACUACGCAUAUACUGCGGGAAGCUCUUACGCAGCGUCUCAAAGUGCGCCUGACUCUGGCUACGAAGACACCUCCGACAUCUAUCACGCAAGCACCCAGGCGAAUCCUGCUCUUAGCAGACCAACAUCUAUGGAGGUCAAUGAAUAUGAUUUCCAGGGCAUGCAUACAAUAUCUGGAGGUGAUAUUAAGCGUUCCUCUACGUCCAGCUCGACCUUCUUCUCCCGUGCAAUGAGCGAAUCUGUUUUGUUGCCUGAAUUCAUACACCCCGAUGUCCCACCUGAAGUCCUCCAAUUCCUUCCUGCCAUUCCCCUUACGCCCCCAGAGAGCCCACCAUCGUGUUCGAACUGUGGUGUUAUUCUCGAUACGAUCCGAUACGUGUGUUCGACCUGUGGAGAGAUAAAGCCUCCGUCGCUCUCGGAAAAGGAUCUCAGCGAACUCAACUACGGCAAGGGGAAGGACAGGGCGAUCGACAUGGAGCAUACCAAUGGGGCUUCGCAUAGCCCGACUCACACAAUAUCAUCGUCACCCUCGUCGUGGUCGGUUGUCUCUGAUCCAUACAUCCCCCUCCGAUCUCUAUCCGAUUCGACCUUGAACGUGGCGCAGCGACCUCUCCCUGCCAUCCCGACGAAAGGGUCAAGCUCGAACGGCUCACUCGCCUCGCGCUCGACUCUCACCGUAACUGCGCUGAACAGUCCAUAUGGCCAAGGAAACCAAGGGUAUGAACUGUGCUGGCAGUGCCUGGAAUCGGCUGGUGUCACUCAUGCACUGGAAAUGAGCGUGGACCCGGGCUCGUCACCUAGCCUGAUGCACUGGCCUUCUUCCCCCGAGGAUGCGCAGCGCGCAAUGUCGCAGUGGCGGCGAGCCGCUCCCAGCCAGAAGGGACACCUACGGCACGCGUACGUAGAGAAGAGCUGGGGUCACAAGGGGUGGCAGGACGUCGAACAAGACGAAAAUCGCAUAUGCAAGUGUUCGACGUGCGGAACUAUGAUCCUGAACCACCGAUACAAGUGUGCGUCGUGUGAGAAUUUCAACCUGUGUAAAGCGUGCUAUAAUCAAGUACAUGAGGUGCAUCCUUCCCAUGCUUUCCUUGAUGUUCCAGAUAGGAUACAGCGAUCGUGGUCCGACCCUAGUCCCAUUUCCCCUGCUAUGCCUGUGACUGAUGGCGAGCGCUCCCUAGUACACCCUGGGGUGAAAUGCACGCAUUGUAUGCAGGAUAUCGUGGGCGCGCGAUUCCAUUGUGCGAUAUGUGAUUCCGUCGAUAUCUGCGCCAACUGCGAGUCCGCGGGCUUGCCUGGAAAUCUCGAUUCGGCCGACGGGGGACAUGACUCGUCCCAUAUUUUGAUCAAGAUCCCAUAUCCCCUGGGACCAGCCGAGUUGCAAUCAGCAAGCCGUCGUGCGAAGAGCGUCUGGUGGGGUCGCGAUGCUGUUACUGGACAGAAGAUGAGACCCAGGCGCAAUUCGCUCUUGUCUGCGUAUGACCGUACGGUUCUGGGUACCGGGACCCACAACAGCAGUUCAUCUACACUGAAUGGCGUAGGAUCGGUAGCUGUGGAUACGGACGACCACGGUAUCCGGUGCGAUGCAUGCGGCCAGUACAUUGUCGGAGUGCGGUAUCAGUGCGCGUCGUGCCCAUCCAAGCCGAAGCCCUAUAGCUUGUGUUCGAAUUGCGAAGAGCAUUCGUAUGUCCUGCACGACCCGAUGCACAUCUUCUUCAACUUCCCUCGGCCACUCGAUCGGCCGCUGCUCGUCGACACACCGCUGAUUCGAAGGCUGUAUAAGUACCCGGCUGGCCCGUUGGACGGCAGAUACGACCGUGACGAUCCGAAGGGAUACCUGGCAACCCUGGAACACGGAAUCGCUCUGUGCGACCGCUGCAUGACACGUAUCAACGGAGAGUGGUUCCGCUGCGGAUACUGCUCUAAGGACCUAUGCGGUGUCUGCCAUAAUGUGGACACGCACAACGAGACCCACGCAUUUGUUGUGUUCAAGUCACUGCUUGACAUUCACCAAUACAAGCGAUUCUACGAGCUUGACAAUCCCAAGCCCAUCAUCCCGUAUCCCAUCUACCGGUCUAUGUAG